AUGCGCAUGCAGGUCAUUGACGGCUUCAACUUUGAGCUACGCGAAAUUGGUUCGGAAUUUGCCUCAAUCGGGUCGCUCGGGUCCACUAUUUCGAGGAGCGAUUCAUCGUCACACAGAGCGCAACAGAACGAUAUCGCACCGCGGCGAAAGAGAUGGAGGAAGGGGGCGAUCAGGAAGCGAGCUGCAGAGGCUGUCAUCGUGUUCGGCCAUCGGAACAAGGCAAGGUUAUGGGAAGGUCUGCUUUAUCCUCUCAGUGCCUCCGUCGCCCCCGGUACCGCCCAGCUCAGCAGCUGUAUCCCCUUCUCGAGGCAAAAUAACGAGGAGAAGGCAGCAUCAUGGCGUCCCGCACUAAGCGCUUGCCGCAAAUGCGGUUGUACGACUAGCUUUCGAGGAGGCAUGGGACUGAGCCUGAGCGGGAUCUACGUUCCUCCUUCCGCUGAAACAAGCGAAAGCGCAUCGAUAAACAGUGCAAGGUCAACGGCCACGCCUCGUACAUGCUGUCCACCACCGGCACUACCACUCGGGAACAUCCUCUUUGUCCUCCCCAAUCAUUCGAGUCGCACGCAUCCUCUUCCACGGCGCCCCCACUCUGUCCCCUCUCUGACAUCGUACGACGCUCCUCUUCCCGCUUCCACGUCGGCCCGGCCUCACCUCCCGGACUUUGACGACCGCGCAUCCCCAAAGCCCACACUCACAGUCGGCUCGGCGGUCCCCCUUACCAGCAUAUCCCUUCAAGCGGCGGCUGCAUUCCUUGUCUGGGUGACGCUGAAGGCAACGUCGUCCUGGGCACCCCGGUGGAUCGGGCAAUGUGGGCAUGGACGAGAUGGAGGACGGGGAGAUCAAGCGAGGCUAGGCCGGCGGAUAAAGUCUGCCCAAGAUCCGCCGCCGAGGGAAAAGCGAGGUAGGUUUUUGAGAAGUUCAGAGAGCGAGGAGGAGGAGGAGGAGGAGGCGGGCCGCUCCGGCAGAGCGCAAUAUGGAGAGGAAGGCAAAGGGGGAGGAGGAGCGUCCGAUCCGAGGAAGGUUCGGGUGGAAGGAAAGAAGAGGUCAAGCUCCAGAAGAAGGGUCGAGCUGAGGAGGCGGGCUGCAGCUUUCUCUGGGAGAUGGCUCAGGUCCCAAGCUGGAAACGGAAGCUGGACCCCAGGAAGGAGUGGGCGAUUCCGGCUCGGACGGGGAGGACGAACUCGAGCAUCAGCAGUCGAUGGUGCGGUAUGGCUUCCGCGACUCAGUCGCCACUCACAACCUUUGGCCCAGCGCUUGGCUAGUGAAGUGGACGACGAGCAGACGUCGGCCAUGGACACGCUUAAUGUCACCAAGGCGGAACUCAUCAACCUCACAUCGGUGGUUGAUCAGCUGGACAGGCGGCAACACCUCGACAGAUGCUGCACUGCGCAAGAGAUAAUGCGCUGGCGUAUCGGUCUAGUGGCGAUCGGAUGUCAUUCGAAACACAUGUCAGUACCAGCUCAGGCUAUGGAUAGCGCCUGCUCAAGCUGA